UGUGAAUGGAAGUGUGUUUGUGUCAGCUACUAAAUACACUGAGAGAGAGGCCACUCACCAAACAGCAACAUUACACUAACUAAAGCUCAACCACCCCUUUAAAACUGCACCUGAACUUCUGUCACUGAAAUUAUAUCUAGUAAAUGAGUGCAAUAAAUACUCAUAUAGACAGGAAUAUCACUGUGUGUGAGUCCUGCUGAGUGACAAUGUGUUUCUGUGCUAUGUCAAUUGAAAUCAUUGAAGAGCACAAAUGCACCAAAAUGAGAAUGGACAUGACUCUGACUGUGUCUCAGGAUGCUAUAAUACAGGUGGAUCCAGGCAAGAUCUUUCCUCUGGUCCGUAUCCCUCCCAACCGGAACCAGUGGUAUACAGCUGGAACAUCUGAGGGUUCUCCAGUCCAUGGGAAUAGAGGGGGUUGGUAGCCGAACAUGCACUGGCAUGGGGUGAGGUCCGUGGUGUUCUGCUUGUGUGCAUCAAGGGGAUUAGAGGGGGUUGGUAGCCGAACAUGCACUGGCACGGGGUGAGGCUGGUGGUGUUCUGCUUGUGGAAUUUUGUGCAUAAUCAGCCCAUGGGAGGAACUGGUUCCAGCUGUGUUGGUUGUCAUUACAGUAGGCACGGAGAUAUCUCCCGAUCUCCUGUAUCUUUCUGCUCAGUCUGUUUGUUGGUCUGGGGGUGAUAUCCUAAGGACAGGCUCACUGAGACCCCAAGGAUCUUGAAGAAAGCCCUCCAGACAUAAGAGAUGAACUGAGGCCCACGAUCACAGUUUUCCAGCGGACAGGUGAUGUGGAGUGUUGGUGAUGGCGCAGACUGAGCAUCCACUGAUAUAUUGGGAGACAUCCCGGGCCAUACUAGGCCACCAGUACCAAGCUUGAAGGAGCGAGAGAGUCCGCUGGCUACCUGGGUGUCCAGAGCCCGGGGAAGCAUGAAGGGAGCCCAGAAGGGAGGAUCGUAAGGAUCGGUAGGUACAUAGGUUUACCUUCUGGGCCUUCCAGAGGAGCGGGUUUGGUCUGAGUGGUGAGAUGGAUUUGGACAUCCAUUGUCCACUGUAUGGGGUUUACAAAGAUGGCUGAAGGGAGUAUGGGUUCCGGUGUAGGGUUUUCUUCAGGAGCAUGCACUCGAGAGUGAAUCUCCUUGACAUUCUUGUCUCUGGGUCAGUAACUGAUGUGAAACCGGGUAAAGAAGAGGGCCCAGCGGGCCUGCCGGGGGUUUACCCCCUUGGCACCGCAAAGAUAUUAGAGGUUCUUGUGGUCUGUGAUUAUCGUAGAGGUACUCCUUCCAGCCAGUGCCACCAUUCCAUGCCAGCUUGAUGGCAAGCAGCUCCUGGUUUCCAAUGUCAUAAUUCCGCUCUGCAGGGGAAAGCUUCCGGGAGUAAUAGGCACAAGGAUGGAGUCGUGGAGGCUCUGAGUGGUAUUGGGAUAGUACUGCCCCCACGCCGGUGGUGGAAGCGUCAACCUCGACGAUGAAUGGAAUUUGGGGAUCCGGAUGUGUGAGGAUGGGGGCAGUACAGAAGGAAUCCUGGAGUUUCUGGAAGGCGGAUCAAGCUUCGGGGUUCCAGGACAGAGACUUGGGUUUCUGAGGGAGCAUGGUAGUGAGAGGGGAUGAGUGGAUACUGAAGUUUUGGAUGAAUCUCCGGUAGAAAUUCGCAAAGCCUAGGAAUCUUAGAUGUUCCUUAAUAGACUGAGGUUGGGCCAGUCACAAAUGGAAGUAAACCGAGGAAGUACACCGUGGGGUGGUGGAACUCACACUUCGAGCUUCAGGUAGAGGUGGUGUUUCCUGAGUUGUUCCAGGACCUGCUUGACGUGGUUGCGAUGUUCGGCCAGGUUCCGGGAGUAAAUCAGGAUGUCAUCGAUGUAGAUGAUGAUGAAUUUAUGAAGGAACUCCUGGAACACCUCGUUCAUAAACACCUGGAAGACGGACAGUAAGUUCAAAAGGCCAUAGGGCAUGACCUGGUAUUCAUAGUGGCCCAAUGGGGUGAUGAAUGCCAUCUUCCACUUGUCGCCCUCCAGGAUACAAAUGAAGUUGUAGGCACUAGGCAGGUCCAGUUUUGAGAAGAUGCAAGCCCCUUUCCAGGGGAUCCGUGGGGUAAUCGUUGUUGAGAGAUGGUAGCAUUCUGAGACUGUGGAGAUCAAGGAGCUGAGAGAACAGGUAACUAGGGAGAUAGGGAAUCACAGGUUAGGGUCAGGUUUGUCAAGUAGGGAACGUUUGAGACCAGACAUUGAGUGUGCAGGAGGAGUGCAGUGAUAUAGUGCUGCUGAUGAGUGCUGACAGGUAGCGGUGAUCAGUAAACAGGUGAUUGGGGUCUGGUGGGUGGAGACUGAGGUGCUUAAAAUGUCUCCCUGACAGCAGUGCCAUGAGCCGCUCUUUUUUUUUCUUUCUCACAUUUGAUUGUUAACCAUGGUAUUGAUUUGUGUGUGUGUGUUCAAUAGUUCAGUAGUCCCCUCACUUGCUGGAGUUGCAGGUUAGCUAGACCUGUCAGCAGUGCUGGGUAGUAUUUUUUUUUCUCUUUUAAUGAUUCUUUCUUUAAAAAAAAUCACAUUGUGUGUUAUACCAUUUAGUGUUAAGAGUUGUUAACUGUUUAAUGAUUUAUUAUAAGCUUUUUAUUAACUUACAAACCUACUGCAUUUCUUACAUUAAGCCUAGUUGGAGAAACUCUGGUGUAAUGUAAUGUUUAAUGUUUUUUAUAAUGUAUAUGUAUAUCAUUAUGGUAUGUUUAAUGCUAAAUUUAAAACAAGUUUGAUACAAUCUGUAAUCAGUAACAGACUGCAAUUUGUUAGUAAUCUACAACACCUAGCACUGGCUAUCAUUGGAUGGUGGCUGGUCAUGUGACUUGUAGUAAUCAGGAUGCUUUUUAAGGCUGUUGUUCUUCUUCUCUGUUACUUGUGUUCUUUGAGUGUUUGUCUGAGAUUGACAUCUAGUAGAUAUUUCAUGCUUUACAGACUCACAGACACGCCUGUUUUACACAUGUGACUCAAACACAGAACCAGGAAACAGGGAUCACAUGAUUUCAGGGAAAGAGAAACUAAAGUGCAGCUGAGCUGUCGUGUGUUUGUGUCUCUGUAUUCAUGUAGUAAAAUGGCAGAAGCCAGAUUUUCUCAGGAUGAGCUUUCGUGUCCAGUGUGUCUGGAUCUCCUGAAGGAUCCAGUGAGCAUCCAGUGUGGACACAGUUACUGUAAGAGCUGUAUUACAGGCUGCUGGGAUCAGGAGGAUCAGAUGAGAGUCUACAGCUGCCCUCAGUGCAGACAGACCUUCAGUCCAAGACCUGCUUUAGCUAGAAACACCAUGCUGGCUGAACUGGUGGAGAAACUGAAGAAGACCAGACUUUCUGCUGACUGUUACGCUGGAGCUGGAGAUGUGCAGUGUGACGUCUGUACUGGAGGAAAAUACAAAGCCGUCAAGUCCUGUCUGAUGUGUCUGAACUCUUACUGUCAGAAUCACCUCGAACAACAUGAGAGUUUCUUUAAAGGAAAGAGACACAGUUUGAUUGAUGCCACUGGACGACUGCAGGAGAUGAUCUGCCAGAAACACGAGAAGCUUCUUGAGGUUUUCUGUCGCACUGAUCAGAAAUGUAUUUGUGUGCUGUGUACGAUGGAUGAACAUAAAAACCAUGACACUGUAUCAGCUGCAGCACAGAGGACAGAGAAACAGAAGCAGCUGAAGAAGACACAGAAUACGUUCCAGCAGAGAAUCCAGCAGAGAGAGAAAGAUCUUCAGCAGCAGAGAGAGACUGUGGAGUCUCAUAAGCGCUCUGCACAGACAGCAGUGGAGGACAGUGAGAGGAUCUUUAUUGAGCUCAUCUGCUCCAUUGAGAGAAGUUGCUCUGAGGUGAUACGACUGAUCAGAGAUCAGGAAAAGGCUGCAGUGAGUCGAGCUGAAGGACAACUGGAGCGACUGGAGCAGGAGAUCAAUGAUCUGAGGAGGAGAGACGCUGAGCUGGAGCAGCUUUCACACACACAGGAUCACAUCCAGUUCCUGCAGAGUUUCCAGUCUCUCUCAGCACCUCCUGAAUCUACAGACUUAAAAGAUGAUAUCUUCAGUUCUCUCGUCUCUUUUGAUGAUCUGACAGAAUCUGUCCAUCAGCUGAGAGACAAACUGGAGGAUUUCUGCAAAGAGGAGCUCAAGAAGAUCUCAGACAGAGAAACACUCACCAACAUUGUUCCCAGAACCAGGAACGACUUCCUACAAUAUUCCCAUCAGCUCACUCUGGAUCUGAACACAGUGAAUAAACACCUCCAUCUGUCUACGAGGAAGAGAAGCAUUACAAACACUGACACAGUCCAGCCGUAUCCUAAACAUCCGGACAGAUUUGAUGUGUGUCGUCAGGUGUUGUGUAUAGAGAGUGUGUGUGGACGCUGUUACUGGGAGCUGGAGUGGAGUGGAGUUGAACAUGGUGUGCGAAUAUCAGUAUCAUAUAAAAGCAUUAGCAGGAAGGGUUUUGAGUGUUUGUUUGGAUCUAGUGAUCAGUCCUGGUGUUUGUUCUGCUCUCCUUACAGAUAUUCAUUCAUUCACAAUAACAUACAGACUGAUCUUAGUGUAAAACCCAUCAGCAGAAGAAUAGGAGUGUUUGUGGAUCACAGUGCAGGAACUCUGUCGUUCUACAGCGUCUCUGACACAAUGAGUCUCAUCCACACAGUCCAGACCACAUUCACUCAGCCGCUCUAUCCUGGGUUUCAUGUUGGUUCUGGAUCAUCAGUAAAAUUGCAUCGAUGAAUCAAAAUAGACUGACGAGGGUUUCUAAUCAUAAUGCUUUGACAGCUGAUCUUCUGUCAGUGAAAUAACAUAUCUGAAUAAAUGUAUGUAAUAAAUCCUCAUAUAGACAGUAAGGAGGGGUCAUAAAAGGUGCUUAAAGUGCUUGUAUUUGAAUGUUUAAAAGGCAGUAUAUAUGAAAUUGGUAUUCAUUUUAGUUUUCGAUAAAAAUAAUAUUUUCUCGCCAAAAUUAACCAUGCAGAGGAUCUGAUAUAAAUACAGAGCCAUUUCUCCUGGCUUUAAGCAGCACGCAAGAUCUCACGAUAUUACUCCAGGAGGUGAAAAUCAGUCUCGCGAUAUAAGUAAAAAGUUGGUUUUGUGGUAAAGACUUUGAUAGUGCUUGCAUUAUGACAUGUGCUGUUUGUUUAGGUUUAAUUUGGGAAUGUGUAUAAAUCUCACUAAAUUUAUAACUUAAAAUUUAUAAAACUAUGCAAUCACACAGGAGAAUACAUCAACAUAUUUAUAUUAUGUGAUAUGUUGAACAUCACUAUUUCAAAAUAAAAGUUCAAACCCUCA